CCUCGCUCUGCUCCUGACUCCCAGCAAACCUUCCCUUUCCUUCUUUCCUCUAGGAGCACUUCCUUGUGUUCAACGAUGAUUCGCAGCAGCUGGAAUGGAGCUGGCAGACGAGGCGUGGCGAGCAAGGACAGGAUCUUCCAAAUCAUCCGCUCCCUGGCAACAUCAACACAAAAGCAGAGAUUACUCGGCAAAGUGGCAAUCAUCACCGGUGGAGCAAACGGUAUCGGCGACGCCACCGUCCGCCACUUCGUCGCGCACGGCGCUCAAGUCGUCAUAGCCGACGUCCAGGACGAGCUCGGCAGCCACCUCGCGCGGGAGCUCCAGCGGGACUUCUCCUCCCCGACCGCUGCUCGCUACGUCCACUGCGACGUCACCGCGGAGCCGGACGUGGCCGCCGCCUUGGACGUGGCCCACUCCAUUGCCGGACACGUAGACGUUGUCUUCAGCAACGCCGGCAUCCUGGGCGCGCUGGGGCCGUUGGAUCAGACGGACGUGGCCGAGCUGGAGCGCACCAUGCACGUCAACCUCCGGGGCCACUUCCUGGCGCUCAAGCACGCCGCUCGCGUCAUGAAGCCUCGCGCCGCCGGCUCGAUCAUCCUCACGGGCAGCGUGGCCGGGAUAGUCGGGGGCCUCUCGCCUCACGCCUACGCGAUGUGCAAGGCUGGAGUUAUUGGCCUCGUCCGGUCCAGUGCCGUGGAGCUGCGAGAGUUUGGCAUCCGCGUAAACGUGAUAUCCCCCGACGCCAUACCAACAAAGUUCUUGAGCACCGCGCUGGAAACCAUGGGAGACUUACCUGUGACGGCGGAGAAGGUCGUGGAGAUUGUGAAGAAGAACUCGCUGCUUCCAAACCGCCCGCUCUGCGCCUUGGACAUCGCCAACGCCGCGCUCUUCCUCGCCGGCGACGAGUCUGGGUAUGUGAGUGGACACAACUUAGUCGUGGAUGCGAGCAACACGGUCACCAAGCCGGCCAUCAUGCAUACCUGGUUUACGACUUACGCUCCCAUGCUCCAAGAAGCCGGGAAGAGGGGUCUCACCUGAAAAACAAAUCGCCCUUGAAGUUGAGCAGUCCUUGGUUGAGCCUGUAACCAAUGAUAAGCUCGGAAACGAAUAAUCUUUUACCGCUGCUGCCAGUCCUUUAAUACGAAAGCUUUGAACAGUAGUUUAGUUUACCUCACUCACGUCACCCACAAUGUGGUAUCAUGCUCCACUAUAUGGCACUGCAGCAAUACAACAUGGGAAGUCAUGUAGAAAAGAAAUAAAAAGAAGAACGAGACACUUUAGUA